GACUCCAGUGUUUGUGGAUCACAAGACGAACCUGACCUACAACUCCCUUGUUUUCUAGACCUGCAGAAGGAAUUGGAUUCGAUCAAAUGUGAUCUGGAUACGGUAACCAGAAAAAUAAGGGUCCUUGAUAAGGAACGCCAAGCACUUCAGAAGAGAUACUCUGAGACGGAAACUAAACUGAGGACUGCGCAGGUCCGCGAGCUAUCCAGUGGUUCGAAUUCCUCUCCGUAUGACAGAGCAGAUGGAUUUCCAUGGUCCUUGGAAGUGUUGCGAGUGCAACGGGAGUUGUUCCACCUCAGCGCUUUCCGACCACUUCAACUGAGGGCCAUCAACGCCACAUUGGAUGGAAAAGAUGUCAUUUUGGUCAUGCCGACUGGUGCUGGAAAGAGUCUCGUCUACCAACUCCCUGCCCUGCUAGACCACUCGCGAUUUCGUCCGGAUCAGAAGACAAACCCCGUGACCCUAGUUAUCAGCCCACUGGUAUCGCUAAUGACCGAUCAGACCAUGAAUUUAAUCCGAUCUGGAAUUCCCGAAGGAAUGGUCAAGGCGUUCGAUGCAAAUACACCAUUGACGGAGCAGAAAGAGAUUUUGGACUCGCUCGUUGGAAAGUAUGUCAUUGUUGCGACUGUCGCUUUUGGAAUGGGCAUUGAUAAACCGGACGUCCGUUUUGUCCUGCAUUUCUCCGCAAGUAAAAGCUUGGAAAACUAUUAUCAGGAAUCUGGACGUGCUGGUCGUGACUCUGAGGCGGCCGAAUGUGUAGUUUUGUGGCGGUUUUCCGACUUCUUUCGACUAGCCAGUAUGGUCUCGUCAGAACGCACUGGCCUUUCGAAACUCCUGCAGAUAGUGGCCUACUGUUUGGAUCCAGUCACUUGUCGCCGUCUAUUAAUAUCCAAGCACUUGGACGAUCCAACAUGGUCACCAAGCGAUUGUGCGGAAUCUUGUGACAAUUGCAGACGCGCAAACUCCAAGGACAAAGGUUCAGUCCUUUCGCUAAACCUGACACAACUGAUUUCGGAAAUCAAAGCGCUGCUUUCGGAACAUAUGUCGCGGAAACAGGAGCGCAUAACUGGUCCAAAAUUGGUUGAGCUCAUGAGUGCUAACUCUGAAAUCCAGAGGCUAACUCGAGCGAUGCUCAAAAUAGAUGAAAAAACGGACCGUAUGUUCUUGGAACAUGUGAUCGCAUGGUGUUUAGUCAAUCAGCUCCUCAAAAUGGAAUUUCAUUUCACUCCGUAUUCGACUGUGUGCUAUGUCGUGCCGGGAAAGGAAGACAUCAAUGACGCGGUCAUGUCGUAUGCUGUCCGUAACCACGAGCCAAACUCGCGAACACAAGUGGAUGCGGAGAAACAGCCAUUGGUCAAGCGCCAACGGUUAACGAAUCAUUCCAUGAUGGACAUUAAAUCAGAUAUGAAUGACAUUGUCAAGUAGUUGUAAAAAUUGUAAAUAAACCCAAUGAAUUGCCGUCAAAACCCG